AUACCUCUCAGCUGCGUUCCGUAGACAGCAGUGACCUCUGAGAAGUGCCACAUGAACUAGUUGCUGAAGUGAAAGGGCCGUUCGGAGUGUAUUAAUGUUCUAGCAUUCAUUAUUCACAAGUUUAGUCAUAUACUGGCUAUGGCAACGUAGAUACCGCGCUAGAUCGGUGUGUUCCGAAAGUGCAAUGACUGGCGCAUUAUCUUAAAACUUGGUUGCUGGUUUUUCGCCUGUUGACGGAUAUGUCAAAUAACAGUUUGGAAAUUGUGCACGAAGGCUGGCUGACUAAAUCACCACCAACGAAACCUGUCUGGAGAGCGAGGUGGAGACGUCGGUGGUUUGUCCUGCGACAUUCAGGAGAACUUCCUGGCCAAUACUUCUUAGAAUAUUAUACUGAUCGGAACUGUCGUAAACUUAAAGGGAAGAUAGACUUGGACCAAUGUGAACAGGUUGAUGCAGGUCUAAGGUUUGAAACAAACAAGCAGAAAUAUCAGCACAUGUUUGAUGUAAAAACUCCAAAGAGAAUCUAUUACCUGGCUGCAGAGUCAGAGGAAGAAAUGAACAAAUGGGUUGAAUAUGUGUGUCAUGUAUGUGGACUUAAAGCGUACAAGGAUGAUGAAGAUGAAUACGAUUAUGGGGGAGCUGGAGGAGAAGAGGAGGAAACAGCAGCUUCAGUGCAAGCACCUUUAGCUUUGCCCUCUGGGGAUAACAUAGACCCAGCACUCAGCACCAGCACAGAGUCACCACCUGUGUCGCCGACUAGCACCAUAUCUGGUCCAUACAUUCCCAUUAGUGAAUGCAUAUCAGGCAAACCCCUUUCAACACCAAACGGUUUGGAAGAUUUCAACAACAUAGUCCGCCAAGGAGGCUAUGGCUCUGCUACAAAUGCUCAAUAUGGUGUCUCUUCAAAUAGUGUCUCAACUUCUCAGUCUUGGAGAGCAACGUUAAAAAACAACAACCAUCCAAGUGAACCCCAGAAAACUGCUGGUGCUCCAGUGGCCAACCAGGAAGAAGUACCUGUGAAUCCCCUUCCAGCAAAGACCUCUCAGACCAAAAAACAAAACAAACCUGGUUAUGAAGCAUAUCCUUUGCCUCAUGUUAGUGAAUUUUAUGACUCUCCCAGAAAACUUCACCCCCCAAAUCUGGAACUCUCUCAAGGGGGCAAUCACACUCCUCCCCUCCAUAGCCCUACAACAGAUGCAGAAAGUGUUUUCACUGACGAUGAGUGGACGGCUCCAGUGCACGCUCCUCCGUCGGUGAAUUGGGAUACGUUUCCUAAUCCAGAUUCUGAAAGUGCUAAGCAGGGAAGACCGUCUGAUAGUUCUGCUGAUGUAGAGUUGAGUACUGACAUUGGAUCUUGGAGCGUUAAACAGCGUUAUGGUAAAUACACCAUAGUGGACUCUGCAUUACCUACUGUUCAUCAUGCCCGACAACCCCCUGUGAUUCCCCAUCCAGUUGCUCCCCCUCGACCACCAAAACCCCUGCAUCUAAUAGAAAUGCCAAGUCACAAUUACCUUAAUCUGGAAAAUGUUUCUCCAAAACCAAUCCAGACUAAACCAAAAACAAGUGCUGUUUCUGCUUCGUCGUCAGUGUCAGAAUCGUCAAAAAGAUCUGGUGGUGCUCCUGCAUCUCCCAACGACUGUGCAAGUGCGUCAGAGUGCGUAGAAGAGCCUCCUUCUCCAGGAGCUGCUGAAUUGAUAGCAAUAGGUAGUAACGAUGAAAUGUAUGACUUUCCUCGGUCCCAUCAUUGUGCAAACACAGUCACCAUUAGCGAGCCAGAAGGCAAUAACACGAAUUCGAAAUUUGGGUCUCUUUCUCGGCAUUGUUACAGCAAUGCUGCACCAGGACAAGUGAAUGGGGAUAUAUUUCGAUAUGACUUCCAGCAUUCUCAAAACAAUACCAACAUUUUAGUGACGAAUGAAUUGGAAGAACCAGUUUCUCCUCAUUCAGAGGGUUCUGGUUCAAUAACAUCAACUAACAAUGUCAUCUACUCAAAUCUGCCUAGUCCUCUUUCCAUACAAAGUGCAUCUGGUGUAAUAGAAGGAAACAGUGGUCUACCAACACCUCCAGCAGUGAAUCGGGGUCUAAAACCUGGAAGGAAGUUAUCAGAUUCUACUUCAGUGGUGUCCAGUGAACCAUCUCCUGGUGGACCUUUUACAUCUACAUUGCCCCCAAGUGUGGAUAGGAAACUAAAACCCCAGCGUAAAUAUCUUGAGGCACCGUCAGUAGACUUAGGUGGUCCAAUACAAUUAUCAUCCCCUCCUGCCUGCAGAGUGGGUACAGAUGGCACUCGUAGCCUGCGCAAAACUCGUGCUGCACCCAGUCCUACUCCGCCUUCAUCAGUGCCAGCUGUACUUUGGAAUGGGCAGAAGCAACGCUCAGACAGAAAUUCCAGUUCAGAUGAAGAUCAUCGUAUAUCUCAAGACGACGAGCAGAUCUACUAUUACCAGCAAGAGAAUCGUUUUAUACCAGCUGGCCCUGGCAAACGUUUACAAGAGAUUCAAUACCUAGACUUGGAUUUGGAUGCAGAUGCCAGUACCUCACUAACAAGCGGUCAGAUUCCAAAAUCUCCUGAACGUGUGCCUACCUCUGGCACUGUUUACAAAACAGUGGACUUUGUCAAAACACAAGCCUUUAAUAGAACACGGCAAAAACUUGAAGAGGAACGAAAGCUGGGACCAGAAUUAUGACAAGUGUUGAAAUGGUACUGACCCAAAAGAAAGCAAUAAAUAGGACGUUAAACAGACACUACAAGUGCACACAAUUGUGAAAACACACUUCAAGUCAUUAAAUGCCACUGUGACUUCGAUCUUGCAUUAAAUAUUCAGUAUUUUAUUCCUCAAGAAAUACCAGCAAAUUGCCCAAAGUGAAAUUUGUUUGCUGCAGUUGUUUAAACUAAUGAAUAAGCUUAUUUUUCAAUUUCAGAGUUACUACUGAACAAAUUAUUCUGUAAAUUCUUUAUGGUACAUUUUUUUGUGAAAUACAAAUGCAAGUGAAUAUUAGGAAGGAGAGAAAGAAAAGCAAAUAGUACUUAUUUUGUUAUUUGUAAUCAGAAAUAUUGUUUUACGAAUAUAUUUCUGUAGAAAUAUUUUGUAUUACUAAAGUAAUAUGAGAAUUACUCUAUCAUAGAAACAAACAAUACACUUGUCUUGCCUACCAUUGUUACCUUUCAUAGAAAUACAAAACUAAAUGUGUGCAUUUACUAUUAAACGCUGUAUUGUAGUACCUACAUUGUCAUACAUACUACCGAAAAGAUAAGCUUAUUCUCGCCAUACUAGAAAAUCAUUGAUUUUAGAUACUUUGCUCCUGGUGGUAAAAUAUUGGGUUUAAUGCAUUUUCUGAUAAUCAAUUCAGGUAUGCUUUUGAUAACUGGGUAGUGGUGCUAUUGAGAUAGAUGAAAAUUUAUUUUAUACUGAGAAUUCAAAUUUUUUGUUUUUGAUACUCUAGUAACCGAGUGUCUGCAUCAAUGAUUACUUCAUAGUUGAGUUUCGUAAAAUCUCAUACCAUCUUAAAAAUUGACUGUUCCUUUAGUGUGUAAUCCACAGAUGCCUUGUCCAUGAAAAUAUAGUUUUAAUGCAAAGUAGUUUUUGUGUUUCAACCAGUAUGCAGAGUUUGUAGUGCCUCAUCAAUUUUAUUGUAGCUCAGAGGUUCUGCAAUAUUUUAUUCCAUCAUAGUGCCAUGAAGUGCCAUUGUUGCUACAUUCUUGAUGUAUACAUGUUACAUUUUGUAGUGUUAAUUUACAUUUACAUAACUGUGCUAUAUUUUGUACAAAUCAGUUUUAUGUUGGUCAGUUUUUAUUGCAAUUGUUUACCUAACAAGAUAAAGAUUUUAUUGUAAAUGAACUGCAGUUUUUAUUAAUAAACAUUCCAAUUGUCACAUCAUUCCUGCUUAUGAGUCAGAACACUAAUUUCUCAAGAAUUAAUUUCUGUAAAGAAUUAACUAAUCAUAUACAUGAAUGAGAUUCAUGAACUCAACCAGUCAUGUG